UUCAUCGUACUUAUACAAAGUUUGUGUGUCACCUGAGUAAUAGUAUAUACGACACAAUUAUAGUAUAUACAUAAAAUGGGAUGUAAAAUGAGUCUCUGAUUGUCGCCAUCUUCAUUUGUUCUAUAGAUGACCAUGGACGAACCGAGAGAAAGCGGAUUUAUAAACAGUCAACCAUGCAUUGCAGAAUUUAUGACUUCGCUCCCGCUUAUCAAUGAAACUUUACAGCCUCCAUCAAUCAACUCUGAAGGCAACACAAGAUCAUAUUGUCAGUCUUUCACGGCAAAUCACCCCUCUCUAUCACAACAUGCUGACCCCCGGGGGCCGGGGAUAGGCGACCCCAGGGGCCGAGAUUCCAACAAUGCUGGAAAAUACCCCGAAUUCGCAUGGAUGAAAGAGAAGAAGAACAUGAGAAAAAAUUCCAAUUCAUCAGUGCCGGUUUCCACGGGAUCCGAUAUAGAUUUUCCGAGCCCACCGCAGGCCAUUACAAAUACCCAAUCACAACCACAAGAACCGCGGAGUAAUUCAAGUUCCCAUAGCAAUGGCGGCGGAGGAACAAGGAGACUGCGCACUGCAUACACCAAUACUCAACUUCUGGAGCUGGAAAAAGAGUUCCAUUUCAACAAAUAUCUAUGUCGACCGAGAAGAAUUGAAAUAGCUGCAUCGUUAGAUUUAACAGAGAGACAGGUAAAAGUAUGGUUUCAGAAUCGGAGAAUGAAGUACAAACGACAAACGCAGUCUCAACGGCAGAAAGCGGAGUCGGAUUUCAAAUCGAUGACGUACGACGGGAAUCUAGAUAGUCCCACGUCAUCCGACGAAAGCUGCGAUCGAAUGGAUAGACGGGAAAGCUAUGAAAGCUGUCAUGACAAUAGGGAAGAUAUGUGUAAUUCCGCCGACAAAGUUUCACAUGAUGGCGGGUUGGAUUGUGAUAACGAGCAACACAGACGACCUCUUAGCGCAGAGAGGAUUAUGGUGAAACCAGAAGGUUCUGAGGUUGUUGAGCUCACGGUGUUGUCGGGCCGGGAUAGAUUCCCUGAUGCAAGGCGGUCAAACAUGUCAGAUCUGUCGGAUCCACAGCAACGCUCACCAAUAGGAAGUGUUCAGAGUAUGAACAGCCCUAUGUCGGCUGCAUCAAACAUGCUGCCUACGCCACCUAUUGCAUCAUCACCCCUGGCAUCUCCUGACGUCAGACCUGUUGAUUUCGCGGACAAAAUUAUUGGCGAAAGCGAGGCGGUCUCUAAAUCUAGUCAUAGUGGUCUAUCAACCAGUGGUGGAAUUAUGUCGAAAAAUAUAUGUGGAAAAAUGACUGAUGUUGAGGGUGCGUGCAUAGACACAAUGAACACAAAUAAAGGUUCACACCAAACCAUGCGUCCGCCCGAGUGUACCUCACCGGUGACAAAAGAAUCUGGACAUGUCGGGCAGGUUAAUAACACGCCUGUCAUGGAGGGAAACAAUGUCUUUCAAAGUUACAAUGGCCAUGAUUCAAACUCAUCAGCUUAUCAGCCGUCGUAUCCUACAAACAUGGGUUACCUACAAAAACAGCCAAAUAACUACAAUAAUCAUUGUACCGCGGAGAACUUCUACGAAAGUCCAGGAGAUUCUGGUAGCAGGAUGACGAGAUUUGGCGGGAAUGGAUUUAACUCGUGGAAUUAUGACGGUACAAAUCCGCUCAACUCACCCAAUGCCAAUUAUCACAACAACAGAAUAGGGUUUGGGAUAAAUGGAAAUCAUUUGUAUUCGCCAAACUUUUCUAGAGUCAAUAAUUUCAAUCCUCGGGAGAACGAAAUAUCCAGUCUUCCAAGUCGCCAUUUUAAUUCUAGGUAUAUGACCAAAUCUUCCGUUUAUCCCCAACAGAUGCCCGGAAUAGACCAACACUCAUCAAGUUCGCUUUAUGGAAGCAAUUACAUGGAAAGCUUUUCGGAAGGUGUCAAUCAAGUCGUAAAUUCCUCAAUAGGUCAGUCGUCCGCGCGUCCACCUCACCGUGCCGGCGACUCUAUAGGCCGGGCUCAAGCCGGACAUGGCAUUGAGCCUCAUUAUGGCCCCGAUCAAUACCCACUUGCCAAUAGUUACAAUGAGGCCAGCUCUUCCAGCGAUUUUACGAGUAUUUUUAGUGAGUAUUUUAAUUCACAACAGCCAGAAUACCAGGCGAUCUAGGCAAUUAAAGUCUUGUACGAGUAACCAAUACAACAGUUGUUUGUGUGCCAUGGUUUCAGAUGCCGGUUUUUUAUUGUCGUAAGACGCUGUUGUUAUCUUGUUUUACAUCUCUUUUUCAUUCCUUUCUUUUUUAUGGUGAAUUGGAAAAACGGGUAAUAACGAGCUAAAAGUUUUGGUCUGAAGUGGCCAAUGAUUGUUAAUGUUAAUUACUGCCGACAACAUCUUAUGGUAUUUUUAUAACGUGCAUACUACACAAGUGUUCAGAUUUUGUUUCUUUACUUUAUUCUUUUUUAAAUACUGUCAUAAAACAAUAUCUGUUUUCAUUGAUUUGUUAUCAGUAUUUUACAUCGUAGCAAGUCAUGCAUUUCAAAACACUAUAUGCAUUUCAAACACUAAGUAUGAUUUUUUCCCUCGAAACAAAAUGCUUUUUAUCAGAGUUUUUCUCUCUACUACAAACACCGAGUGAGACCACAGCAAUGGAAAUUGUGAGGGGUGUCUGUACAAUAAAGUCUUUAAAUCGCUGACUUGAGACGAAAUGUUUUUUUAUCUUGAUCUGCGUGUAAAAUAAAGGGUACCAGCUCCCCCUCUGCACUGUCCACGACCCAUGCGAUUCAGAGGCCGUGAUUAGAUCUCAUGUUUCCCAAUUCUAGGCUAGCUAUUGGGAAUACGUGCCUCGGAAGCCACACAAGUAUUAUUUAUAUCUGUGAAUUGUACAUCUGAGAAUGAUUGCUUAUUCUAUUUCGUCACAUGACACGCAUAUCUGCAUAAUUAAUAUCAUUUAACGCCAAAGAUAUUUCUUGAGCCUUAUUCUUGAUUGUUAGCUGUUCUUUUUAUCGAGUUAAUAGUUAAAUAUCCAUUUCAUAUCGAUUUUGUAUUUAUUUUCUGUUUUUAGCCAUUCCCAAAUUGACCCUCAUUUUCCAAAUGCCAAUCAUAUAUAUAAAGCUGACAUUUGGGGCUAUACGUUAACGUGCUGUCAAAUGCUCUAAAGCGAUUGGUUGAUUUGUUCGAAUGAAUGAGUCCAUUGCAGGGGUUCCUUACAGGAGAAUGAGUAUUAGUCGUGUUGUUUUUUUUCUGUUUCAAUUUUAUAUUUUUGUUGAACUUUCAUUAAGUAUUAUACCGGUUUGAUAUUAUAUAGCCCCUUUUUGUUACAAUUUGUUACUUUCUUGCUCAAUGAGUUUUGUCUAUUACUGCAUUUUCUUUAAACAUCUUGCAUAUGAGAAAAAAAAUUGCUUGAUUUGUCUCGGAGAACACAAAAUGUUUAUUACUAUUACUAAGUA